AUAUUACGAUGCCACGUAACUGAUAAAUUAACGGUCAUCUCGACAGUCUACGUUUGAAUAAAAACUCUCAUAUUGAUUCAGACAGUGUGAGCUCCCAGGCAGCAUUCUACGGCCGAACAAUUCCGUGACAAAACAACUACGUAUCAGGAAUGACGUUGCAGUUUCCGGUCACAAACAUGACAAAUCCUGCAAUCAAGACUUGUGAAGUUGACACCAAGUUGGCUGGAGUUGGUUUCAAGUUUUUUAAGUUGGCGGUGGUAACUCUUAUGACGCUACUACUGAUGUGGAGCUACACGACACAGCAUCUGGAGACUGACGACAGAAGACACCGUCAGUACAAACCCAUUGCCAUCAACAUGCCAAAUGACAAAGCAAGAACCAUGAGCGAUAAGGUGAACAUUAGCGAUCAUACCGAGGAAUAUCAUAGCUCCAAUUGUCCUGGUAGCCUCAAUUACACUGAAAACCUCGUGGUAAACGACACAGCGGCUCAGAUUGUGGCUUUGGUCUUGCGGUUGACUUCUAUCAAGCGAGCUGACGUCAUUGCGCUCCUAGACUCAACGCUACGCAACGCCGCUCCCCAACUGGCCUUCUUGCUCGACGUGCUCCAGGAUUUCGAUACCCAGCACGCAUGUGAGGCCUGCCAUGACACCCGCCCCCCGCCCAGGCCGGUGCUGGACGCCCGCAUCAGACUGGACCACAAUGUCAGCUGGAUGGGCUUGUCACUCCCAGCCCUCGCAAUGAAUCCGCUUGGGCGACUGGGCAAUCAAAUGGGCGAAUACGCUACGCUUUUUGCGUUUAAAAAAAUCUACAACACAACCGUGGUGCUAAUUCCAACCGAAUCGGCUCUGGACGCUUCGUUCGCGGGUCUCUCCAUCCCGCAUUUGAAAAAGUUUAAUCACUCAGCAUGGCGGCCAGUAUACCGCGAUGAUGCGGGUCUCUACACUUACCACGCUACGCACCUCGCCGCUGCAGGGCUCUUGGGACCACACCUUUUCCUGCUCAUGGAUUACCCGUUCGAAGCCGCUGUUUUCGGCGCCUACAAAACAGAACUCAUCAAGGAAUUUUCUUUUAAUGAAACCGUCAUGCGCCAGGCGGAGGCUCGCCUAGAAAUUGCGAGAGGGAUCGCCACAAACGCUACAUCAGGUCAAGGGGAUCCUCAGGUUUUGGUUGGUGUGCAUGUGCGCCUCACAGACUACCCGGACUACGUGAGAAAAAAAUUUGCUCUGAAGGACAUCCAGGCUCAAUACGAAGGCUACUUGAAGAGGGCCACAAAUUUUUUCCUUCGACGUCACGCCAACGUCGUCUUCGUGGUCACAUCAGACGACAUCAAAUCUACCACGAAGAUCUUCCUCAAAUUGGGGGUCAACACAACCUACAUAUCUCAAGGUAGUGCAGUAGAGGACAUGUGCAUGUUGACAUUGUGUCAUCACCACAUCAUCACCCUCGGCACCUACGGCUUCUGGACAGGCUUCCUGGGCCCCGGCAUCACAAUUUACCCUCAGCUCGACCCAGACUCCGGUUACCCCUUCACCAAAUCUUUCUACGGCGCGGCCGGACUCGCUAAUUUUAUACCGAUGCCUUUUUCCUAGCAGAAUAUUGUUGUUAAUCAUUAAAGUAUGGCAUUUCUAAGUCGUUAUUAGCUUCCUCACGGUUACGGAAAAAAUCAAUAGU